AAAAAAAGAACCAUACCAAUACUCACUCCUCUUUUCCUUGUGAGUGGUAAUGUUAGUAGUGGCUAGCCCAGCCAGCUCCUGUCUGAGGGGGAGAAAGACUCGUGGGAAAUAUAAUCAUUACUGUGAAAAUCGUUUGUUUCAAAACGUGUGACUUGCAACCAUAUGCGUACGUUUUAGUUCAACUGAAUAAGAUGUCAACUCCAGCAAGACGACGUUUAAUGAGAGAUUUUAAGCGGCUUCAAGAGGACCCUCCUGCAGGAGUUAGUGGAGCCCCGUCGGAAAACAAUAUCAUGGUAUGGAAUGCCGUAAUUUUUGGCCCAGAGGGAACACCUUUUGAAGAUGGAACUUUCAAACUCACAAUAGAAUUCACAGAGGAAUACCCUAAUAAGCCUCCAACUGUGCGUUUUGUCUCCAAAAUGUUUCAUCCAAACGUCUACGCAGAUGGUAGUAUAUGCUUGGAUAUUCUUCAGAACCGCUGGAGUCCAACUUAUGAUGUUUCUUCAAUUCUAACUUCAAUACAGUCUUUACUGGAUGAGCCGAAUCCCAACAGCCCAGCCAACAGCCAGGCGGCUCAGCUAUAUCAGGAGAACAAGCGGGAGUACGAGAAGCGGGUGUCUGCCAUCGUGGAACAGAGUUGGCGUGAUUGUUGACCCCCUCACAAAGUAUGAACAAUAUCCAGCCUCAAGUCAAAAAGAGAACAAUAUCUCAAAGGAAAUUAAAUACACAUGGUUUGAAUCUUUCUCUGCAGUAUGUUUGUUUCUCUUCAUGCAUAAUGCUCCUCCUGGACAAGAGCACAUCAAAGUAAAUGUACCUUGUUAUAUCUAGGUUACUUACAAUGUCAUUUUAGUGUUUUAAAUCUUUGGCUUGUAGUGUGAUUUUGCUGUAUUGAUUCAGAUAAUUGUGUAUGUCCAGAAGUUUGAGGAUUUUCGCUGUGGUUUGAUUUUUGUUUCUAGCUUUCACACGGUUGCCUUUUUGGAGCUAUAGCAUGAUAGUAUUCCAACUAAGAAAGAAUUUGAUGAACACCUGUCAUGGAUUUUUUUCCAAACAAUGUCAAUUUUAAAACCCUACCUUUUUACAUGCACAAACCAUGUUCUUGUUAGGGCUUUUAUGAAUUGAAUGGCUCUUUGAAUGAUAUCUCCAACAGGACUCAAGUGUUUCGGAAAGGCACAUACGUGGUGCACUUUUAAAUGCAAGUCCUGUAACUAGUGCAAAAGCAUAUUUUUGAGGAUGAUUGACAAAUUGCCUGCUGAGAAUGUGGUAAACGUUUUCUCAUGCACAGAACGCAAUGUAUCAAGGCAAAGGUUGUCUACUUAAUGCUCAAAUCUUAUGGUUUAGAUGCCCAAAUUACUUGGAGUUCCAUUUAUUUGUAUCAUUACGUAAUUACGAAUACCACAUGGGUAUGUUGCAGUGUCCUUAACACCAUUCAAACUGUACAUUGUCUUGUAAAUAAAAAUGAUACAUGUGACAUGA